UCUGUUUAAUAUUUAACAGUGGAAAUUAAGCAGAAGAUGAUUUAGCAGUACAAGUAACAGUGUGGAGAAGAACACGGUCUGCUGACUGCAGCAGGGCUUCUGCUUUUAAUAAUUUGUAAAGAAAAUGAAGUAUCACCUGGACCUGUGUUUAUUCCUUGCUGGUCUUUGUGCUGUAACACAGUGUCACCAUGGAAAUGUUUGCCAUGAGGUCAACAAUACAAAUCUACGUGAUGGAACAGAAAAUUUAUUAAAGCAUAACUGUCAAAAGCAAGGCUCCAGCUAUGCAGAUUUUGCAUUUAGAUUUUACAAGCAGGCCAUAUCAAAAGAAGCUGAUAAGAAUAUUUUCUUUUCUCCCAUGAGCAUCUCCACUGCCUUUGCCAUGUUAGCUGUCGGUGCUAAGUCAACCACCCUGACCCAAAUUUUUGAAGGACUGGGCUUUGACAAUCUGACUGAGACUCGCAUACGUGAUAUACACGAAAGUUUUCAUAAAGUUUUAGCAGUACUGAACUGUACUGAUGUUAACAUCACAUUAAAUAUAGGAAAUGCCCUUUUCCCAGCUAUUGGUUAUGAGCUACAGGAGCCAUUUUUACAAAAUAUUCAACAAUUUUAUGAUGCAGAUUUUUUUUCUACUGAUUUUCAUAAACCAGAAGAAGCAAAAUUGCAAAUCAACAACUAUGUAAAGGAGAAAACCCAGGGGAAAAUUCCUGAAUUAAUAGCUCAUCUUGAUGCAAAAACUAUACUGGUUCUUGUUAACUACAUUUAUUUUAAAGCUGCCUGGGAAAAGUCUUUUGAUUCUGCAGAUACCUACGAGGAUGAUUUUUUUGUGAAUCCAAAUGAAUGUGUUAGAGUUAACAUGAUGCAGCAUGAGAGCGACUACAACAGCUACUAUGACCGGGAUCUCUCUUGUGAGGUGAUAGAGCUGCCUUACAAGGGCUCUGCACAAGCAUUGCUCAUUCUGCCUGAUGAUGGAAAGAUGAAACAAGUGGAAAAUGCUCUUUCCAAGGAAACAGUUUGUAACUGGCUUAGCAAAUUUGAAAUCAGAAGAGUGCAUCUGCACUUACCAAGAAUUUCAAUUAGUGGAUCUUAUGAUGUCAAAGAUUUGUUCAAGGAAAUGGGCAUUACUGAAGUAUUCUCUAGUAAUGCUGACCUGUCUGGAAUUAGUGGCAGCCGAGCACUCCAGGUUUCACAAGCAAUUCAUAAGGCUUUGCUGGUACUUGAUGAGACUGGAACUGAGGCUGCAGGAGCCACAGCCAUAAUCCUUACCAAAGUUUCACUUUCUUCUAUUACCAUCAAAUUCAACAGACCUUUCAUUGUGCUGAUUUUUGACAAAGCAACCAGUACCACACUUUUCAUGGGGAAAAUUGUUGAUCCCACUAUGAAGUAAUUGCUGAGUUACUGGAAGUGUAUUUGGCAUGAGUUACAAUGGCAGCUGUGUUUGCACAUGUGGGCUGGUUAAUUCUGCUAUAACUUCCCUGGUUGAGAAAUACUCAGAAUUAAAUGAAGUAGUUCAGUAGCAAAUAGGUAAACAAACAAAAAAAAUAAAACACCAACAGCAAAAAAACAACAAAUGCGCAGUUUAAAAAUAUUUUAAUAUUAAUAUGUUAAUAUUAAAACAAUAUUAAAAUUAUAAUUGAAAUAUUAAUUAAAACAUUUUAAUAUUAAUAUUAUUAAUAACAUUUUCCACUGUUGAGUAAUUCGAGUUAUCAAUACUCUUUCCAUAUUUUCCUUGGAAGGGAGAUUCUUGUAGAGUUCUGUUGUUUCAAUAAAUGUUUUCUCUCUCUAAUCAGUUCUGUUCAGAUCACUUUCAGUUCUGAGUUAUUCAACACAAGCUUUGCUCCAGUGGGUAACAAGCCACUUAUAAUGAAGCUAUCUCUGUUCUUGGACUUACUGAUGAUCAGUAUUCACCAGAGCCAGUCCCCACAGAGUUCUUUCUCCUUUAUGUAUCUCUUUGCUGCCUAGAUAGUUGUCGUUAUCCUUCAAUCAAACUCUCUGUCAGAGUCAUUCUGAAAAGACUUUAACAACAAAAAAAGAAAAUUUCCAAGAGAACAGACUCAUUCUACUGUAGCACUGUCUUUUUGCUGUCCACAACAUCAUCAAAAAAAUAGUGAAAGACAGUGACAUUAAGUAUAAAUUGUCAAAGAAUUGUCCUGCAACAAUGUUGUCUAUGAACUGUUGCUAUGGCUAAUGAAUAAAAUAAACAUAUAUUUAAACCUA